CCCGCCCAGGGGCGCGUGCGCAAUCCCCCGGCGCCGCAGUUGGGGCGGGCAAGUCAGGGGGAGGCUAUGGCGGCCACGUUCUUCGGAGAGGUGGUGAAGGCGCCGUGCCGAGCCGGGACCGAGGACGAAGACGAGGAGGAGGAGGGGAGGCGGGAGACACCCGAGGACAGGGAGGUCCGCCGGCAGCUGGCUCGGAAGAGGGAGGUGCGGCUCCUUCGAAGACAGACAAAAACAUCUUUGGAAGUUUCUCUGCUAGAAAAAUAUCCUUGCUCCAAGUUUAUAAUUGCUAUAGGAAAUAAUGCAGUAGCAUUUUUAUCAUCGUUUGUUAUGAAUUCAGGAGUCUGGGAAGAAGUUGGUUGUGCUAAACUCUGGAAUGAAUGGUGUAGAACAACAGACACUAUACAUCUGUCCCCUACAGAGGCUUUUUGUGUGUUUUAUCAUCUAAAAUCCAGUCCUUCGGUUUUCCUUUGUCAGUGCAGUUGCUAUGUUGCUGAAGAUCAACAGUAUCAGUGGUUGGAAAAGGUUUUUGGCUCUUGUCCAAGAAAGAACAUGCAGAUAACUAUUCUCACGUCUCGCCAUGUUACCGACUAUAAAACCUCAGAGUCUACUGGCAGCCUUCCUUCUCCUUUCCUGAGAGCCCUAAAAACACAAAAUUUCAGAGACCCUGUAUGUUGUUCACUGCUAGAACAACCAAAUAUCGUACAUGAUCUUCCUGCAGCAGUUCUGAGUUACUGCCAAGUAUGGAAGAUCCCUGCAGUUCUGUACUUGUGUUAUACUGAUGUGAUGAAAUUAGACCUAAUUACAGUUGAAGCUUUUAAGCCUAUACUUUCUUCCAGAACCUUGAAAGGUUUGGUUAAGAGUAUCCCCCAGAGCACAGAAAUACUGAAGAAAUUGAUGACAACAAAUGAGAUUCAGAGUAACAUUUAUACAUGAUCCCAAAGAAUGUUUUGCGAUGUAUGUUACCUGUCCGUUCCUUUAAGGGGAGCAGUGUGCACUGUAUUUUAGGUUACUUCUUUUGGGGGGGUGUAUUUUGAGGGUGACAAAACAGAAUAAACCUGUGAAAA